AGCACUAUUUGCUAGCAAAGAAUACGACUCAGCAACAUGUCAUUUUUUGGAUUUGAUGCCACUGGUCCCCCAUCUGGGAGACACCCAGACCAACCCAGCGAAUCUUACGAUUUCCAGGACACUUAUGAUGGAUUGGGCGAGCAAUUGGAUGAAACCGACGAUGCCUUUAACGAAAUGACUUUCGGUGGCCAGGGUGAUAUUGGCAAGGAUUUCAGUUUUGGUAAUGCUCCUCAUGCUGCUCAGGGACAUGGAGCUCCAGCUAAGCGUGCCCCAGCACCAGCACCUCCCAAGUCGGGCGUCAGCUAUGCGCAAGUUGCAGCUAAUGAUGACGAGUUCAUGCAAGACUUAUGGGGUACUGGAAAUGCUCCAAACAAGAGCGAGGAUCAGGCUGCCCCAAACCCGGAAAAGAAGAUCAUGUCUUUGGAAGAGCUCGAGGCUCAGCUCACUGCGAUUGACCAAUCUCAGCAACCACUACAAUUUCCACCUCAGCCUUAUGGCAUGCCAGGAAUGAUGCCUCCACCUCAGUUCGGUGGUUACAUGAUGCCACCGAACGGAUUUAUGCCUCCUCCAGGUCAGUAUGGUCAAUUUCCCGGUGGUCCAAUCCCUCAGCAGAUGCCAAUGCAACCCAUUGCUGGGCAACAAGUUCCAAUGCCUCCUCAGCAAAUGCAGCAGAUGCAUCAUCCCAACAUUCAAGGCCAACACCCCCACCAACCUCAGGUUCAGACCCAACCUCAGCCUCCUCAACCCCAGCAGCAAGAAGCUGUGGAAAGGGUUGCUCUUGCUCAACAAGUUCCAAACCAUGUUGGACGUGUCAGCAAGGCUGAUAUGUCUCAAUUCCCUGUUUUGGGUUCGAAGGAAGCACAAAAGUUCCACGUCAAUCACCAACCCCAAACUGGUGGACAAGCUGUUGUCGAACCUAACCAACAACAAGUCGAGCAACCGGAGGCUCACCACCAACACUUCAAUCAGCACCACCACCACCACCAAAACCAACAAUUGUCUCAAGCAGAGCUCUCCCCCGAGCAGCAAGAGAAACUCGCAAGAAGACAAGAAAAGGUUGCAAGAAUCAUGAAGUAUUCUGGUAUUAUGAAUCCAAAGGAUAAGGACUUUGUUACUCGUUUCCAAUUAUCCCAAAUUGUUACCGAGGAUCCAUACAACGAAGACUUUUAUGCUCAAGUUUACAAGGUUAUUCAUCCAAAAUCUGUGAACAACGGGCCACAACAAGCUAAUCAACAGCACAACUCCAUUGCGCAGGCAUAUUUGGAACAGAGUGGACACAGAUUAGGUGGUCGUUACAAGAGAGCAGAUGUUGCUUUGCAAAGAAUGCAACAACAAGUUCAGAAAGCCGUCACCGUUGCCAAAGAAAGACCAAAGUUGACUCAGUACGCUAGGGAAGGUGCUUUGGGUAAGAUUUCUUUUGGAAGUGGUAAGAAGCCAAGACAGCAAUUAGAAAUUUUCAGUAAAGCCGCUCAAAGAGAAAUCGAAAGAAAAGAAGCUGAAGAAAAGGGCUCCGAAGCAGCAGUGGAAGGCUCAACCACCAGCUUUGGUUCUUUGAAGAAGGACAGAUCUCCUUCUAUUUCUGCUCCAUCAAAGCCAAGUAAGAAGUACAGCAAGAAGGAUAUCAUGAGCAUCUUGGAGAACAUCAUUAGCGAGCUUAUGAAUGUUGAAAGUGAAUCUAGAAAUAGUGCUGACGUUGACACUACCAGAUUAUGGGAAUCCUUGAGAGUUUUGGAACAAUCUUCUUCCUCUGGAGAUGACGAGGCUGAAGUUAACCCAUUCAUUCAAUGUUUGAACUACAACAAGGCCUUAAAGAUCUUGCUGCGUUUGUUCAAGUUUUUGAGUAGAGAACAGAUUUUGACUAUCGUGACUUUGGUGAUGUCCAACUUGGAGAAUUUAUCUGUCAUCAAGAAUGGAUCUUACACUACUUAUGAGUCUAAGAAAGUUCCUGAUUCUGUCUUGAGAUUAGUUGAAUCAUACUCCUUGACUUUCUCCAAGGUUUUGAUGAAUGCCGCCUUAUACUUCAAGUUUAAUGAAAUCAUCGGAUUGCUUGUUAUCCUCAUUGAGCACAACAAUGUUUCUUUCGUGUCGACUACUAAGAUUGGUUUAUCAAUCUUGACUACCCUCUUAUCAAGGGCAGAAUUGAUUAUUGGUGAAGGAACUAUUUCCGCAACCGAUCUUUCCGAAUGGUCUUCUUGUUACGAUGAAUUGUUCACUUCCCUUGAGUCCAGAAUCGCUGCUAUCUUCCCACCACACCCAGAAGAUGUCGAUGAUGGUUCUUCUAGAGAAAACUAUGUCUGGCAGUUUUUGGCUACCUUAUCAUUGGGAGGUAAGUUAAGCCACCAAAGAAUUAUCGUCGAUGAAGUCAGAGACGAAAUCUUCGGCGCUAUGAACAGAGCAAAGGCCAUUGAUAACUCUGAUUUGGCCAACUUGUACAAGAAGCAAAACUUGUUGAACAACUUAAAUAUGUACUUGGUUGUUAUGGGACUCGUUGCUGAUGAAAAUGAGAUCAAGGAGUUACAAACUUAGUUGGGUAUGCCUGAAGAAAACCAGAAAAAAUAAAAAAAAUUUAAACCAAAAAAUAUAAAAAAAAUACUCACUAGUUGAGAAAAUACAAGAAUAAUAAUUUCUCACUCAUAGUUCUUGUGUAUUGGCAAAGCUCCAAUACACUUUGAUAGAGACCAUUGAAUUCUGCUGGCAUUUUGAGUCUUUGUGCGAUUUAGGUCUGUGAUUAACACAACCUUCUGUAUAAUAUAAUAAACAAUUUUACAAUCAC